GUUCCAGCUCAUACGGGUCUGUUCGGGUGGCUGGUAGCCCGUGUAGAAUUUACUCCUAAUGUGUUUAAAAUCCUGUGACUGACGGGUUCAUUCGCCUCCUGUGCUGCGUGAAGGAGGAGGCGGAGGGAUAUAACUCCGCUAUAGCUCCGCACCGCAACACUGGGACUGCGUUCAUGAGGAGCGGAAGGAAAAGUAGUUCCUGUGCAGUUACAGCAGAGUUUUUAACCUUUCCGCUACCUACAUUCACUCCCCGAGCGUAAGAAUCGAUAUACCUGUUUAAUCAGAGCGCUUGGUGUUGAUAUAUAAUUAAAUGUGGGGGUUUGUGCUGUGAGGCAUCCGCCCAGCUGCACUUCCUCUGUUCUUCACUUCCUGAAGGGAAACCGAAAGUAACUCUGCAGCGUGUCGCACUGACAGAGAGAGACGAAGAGCGGAGAUAAACGGUCUUCAGUCUCCUACAGGGUCAGUCAUGCAGUCCUCCUGUUCUGCUCUCUGUGUCCUGAUCUUGCUGGUUACUACAUUCACGGCUGCUGUUCCUCCAGUGAAGGUGAAGCUUCAUGACUCUGCUACUCUGCCCUGCUCUAAGAGAUGCUCUGGUUCAGCAAAAUGGACUCUGUUUGAUAAAUCCAGUGGUACUUUGGCUGAGUGUGAUCAGACUUCAUGUAGAUCAGUGAAGGAGGGAUAUCAGAUGACCCUUGCUGCGUACCGGGCGGGAGAUCUCUCUCUCAUCAUCACUGACGCUGAUUUCACUAAGAGUAACACGUACGCGUGUGACUGUGAUGGUAAAGAUCUCUGUGAUGUGACUCUUCAGGUUGAGCACUCUGAAUCAACUAUUCCUUCAGUGAAGGUGAAUCUUCAUGACUCUGCUAAUCUGUCCUGCUCUGAGAGAUGCUCUGGUUUGGCCAGAUGGACCAAAUACCAUAAACCCACUGAUGCUCUGGCUGAGUGUAAUCAGACUGACUGCAGAUCAGUGAAAGAGGGAUAUCAGAUGAUCCAUGAUCGUCUCACCAUCACUGACGCUGAUUUCACUAAGAGAGGCUGGUACACGUGUUUGUGUGAUGGUACAUACCUCUGUGAUGUGGCUCUAAGGAUUGAGGCCUUGAAUACUCCACGUCAGAUAAAGGCUGGUGAAUCUGUGUUUCUGGAUUUGGACAUAUCAGAUCCAGUGGAGGUGAUUUAUAGCAGCACAGGUUCAUCCAGUGGUCAGAUCUGUACAGUGGAUGGACACUCACUACAGUGUAAACCUGAAUAUAAACAAAGAGCGUCAGUCCAAACUGUUCUUGAGCUGAAAGAAAUAAAGCCAUCUGAUAGUGGAGAUUAUACAAUACGGGACUUCAGGAAUAAAGAGGAUAUUCACAUCUACACAGUGACCAUAUCAGAUGGAGAACCACUUCCAAGAUGGGCAAUUGCACUGAUAGCUGUGGUGGCGGUGGUGGCGUUUCUGGCAGUGGGGAUUUUGAUUUGCUUUUUGCGCAAUAAGAAAAUCAGAGAAGUACUGAAGACAGAAUCCAUUUUCUACUGGAAGCCUGAGCAGAAUAGCCCCAGUGAGACAGGAAGUCUUAAUGUUGAAGCACCGAGCCCCGAUGUUGGCGAUCAUGAUGAUGGCCUGAUACAUAACCUGAUUGGGGACAUAGAGGAGAUCCUCACACAGAACCCUCCCAAUCUUGGUGAGCAGAUUAGUGACCGGAUUAGUCGCAUAGAAGGUAUCCUCACAGAUGACCCUGGUCCUUUGCAGAAUCCUGAUGUCCUGAUUGCACGCAUGAGUGACAUCAUAGAGAGACUUGAUCCUAUUCCGAAUUACAGUGACCUGGUUACACACCUUCAAAUAAUCAUAAAUAUAAUUCGAGACCCGAUGAGACAAACAACAGAGAACCCUGAACCUGUGCGCAUACAAAGUACCAUCAUCCGGAGCCCUGAAGCUGUGCAGAAUUCUAGAACCAUAACGUAUGACCCGAGAACUGAAAGCGUUGCCCAGGGGGACCCACAGGAGACCACCCCUUUGAACAAGGGCUCCCAAAACACUGAACUCCAAAACCUGCAUUAGUAGGCUCCUUGGAUUCUAGCUGUCCUGGGUCUUCUUUGGGUCUUCUUUGCUGGAUUUUUCAUUUCAUGAUGUUCCAAAUGUUUUCUAUUGGUGAAAGGUCUGGACUGCAGGCAGGUCAGUUCAGCACCUGGACUCUUCUUCUGUGAAGCCAUGCUGUUGUGAUGGAUGCAGUAUGUGGUUUAUUGUCUUGCUGAUAUAUGAAGGCUUUCCCUGAAAGAGACGCUGUCUGGAUGGGAGCAGAUGUUGUUCUAAAAUCUCUAUAUACUGUUCAGCAUUGAUAGAGCCUUUCCAGAUGUGUAAGCUGCCCACACCAUAGGCACUAAUGCAGCCCCAGACCAUCAGAGAUGCAGGCUUUGAACUGUGAUCUGAUAACAAGCUGGAUAGUCCAUCUCCUCUUGAGUCCGCAGGAUACGGCGUCCAUGGUUUCCAAAAAGAAUUAGAAAUUUUGAUUCAUCUUACCACAGGACAGUUUUCCAUUUCUCCUUGGUCCAUUUUAAAUGAGCUGUGGCCCAGAGAAGACGGCUGUGUUUCUGGAUCGUGUUGGCAUAUGGCUGCUUCUUUGCAUGAUACAGCUUUAACUUGUAUUUGUGGACUGCGCGGUGAACUGUGUUCACAGACACUGAUUUCUGGAAGUGUUUGAGGCCAUGCAGUGAUUUCCAGUACAUCCAGUAUUGACGGACAGCCUUGUCCCUUGCGUACAGGAAUUUCUCCAGAUUCUCUGAAUCUUCUGAUGAUAUUAUGUACUGUAGGUGGUGGAAUGUCCAAACUCUUCGCAAUUUUACAUUGAGGAACUUUUUUCUGAAACUGUUCAAUUUUUAGACAGUUUUUCGCAGUUUGGUGAACCUCUGCCCAUCUUUGCUUCUGAGAGACUCUGUGUAACGAGCAAACAACGCUUGCGGUCUGAAAACACAAUUGAGGCUUUACUGUUAGAAUCAGAAUCCAAGUUUGUAGUCACAAAACAGGCAGGGGUCAAUUCCAAAAUGAGAAGCAAAUACAAACAGAUGAUCAUCCCCAAGGGCAAACAAUCCAAGAGGGUUAAGCAGAAUGGCAGCGUCAAGGAAAACAGGCAAAAAGGUCAAAAACAGGAGUCAAACCAGAAAGGCAAACAGUCCAAAGGGGAAAGGCAAAAGGCAGAGUCAAAAAACAGAGAGCAAUGGUCAUAAACAGAAUACAGGCAAAUAGUAGAACGCUCAGUAGAUCACAAAAGAUACAAUUUCGUCUUGGAGCUUGACGGAUGCGUGACACUCUCUAAAAUGCUCUUUUUAUACUCAGCCAUGUCAGUUAGUUGCAAAUUGCUCCUCCAGCUGUUUUUUAUUAGUACCACUUACUUUUCCAGCCUUUUGUUGGCUCCGUCCCAACUUUUUUGAGAUGCGUUCCUGCCAUCAAGUUCUAAAUGAGUCAGUGUUUUUGAUGAAAUGGAAAAAGUCUCACUUUCAUCAUCUGAAAUGUGUUCUGUGUUCUAUUGUGAACAAAAUAUGGCUCUUUCAGAUUCGCAAAUCAUUGCAUUCUGUUUUUAUUUACAUUUAUUUACAUUUUACACAGCGUCCCAACUCUUUUGGAAUUAGGGUUGUACAUUCUUUUCUCAAUUUCAUAGAUAUAUCUGAUAAUGAACCUGUUUUCUUUCUUGCUGUCUGCUUCAUGUGUACAUCAAAUAGGCUUUGUUUAAUUAUUUCCACCUAACAUUUCUUUAUUGUUACAUUGUUAUAUAUUAUCUCGUUUUUUAAUUUUUACUUUUAUAUUAUAUGUAUAUAAAUCAUUUUUGCAAUGCUUUGAAAAUACAAAUGUAAUUUUGUCAUAUUAACAAAGCAAACUUGACCUUGAAAGAGAAACUGGUUGAUUAAGUUUAUGCAGUAGGUCACAAAAAACCACCAGAGGACAAAAAUAUAGUAAUGAUCACUGUCUAAAAAUCUCACUCUGUGAUCAGUUACAGGUGUUCAGAUUCAUUUAUUGAUCGUCUGAAUAAAUCCUGCUCAGUGUGUAAAGACAUUAAGACUUUAAAGUGUAUAAACUGUUACUGUUUUAAAGGAACUCUUGACUGUUAAGGCUUGUAUGCUUUAUAACAGAGUAAUAUUAAGUGUCCAGUACUUCCUCUUCUGGGUAAUGAAAUAAAAAAAAUGAAAAAAUGCUUGGUUUAAUCUAAAUAUUUUAGCAGUAUUGAACAUGUACACCAUACUGAGGCCUAAAUGUCUAAUC